AUGUGUGUGGACGGUGGUGAAGCGGAGGUGUUGUGGCUGUACAUCGGAGACACUCGGAGCAGGGCAGAGGAGUACAAGUGCUGGUUGCUGUCCCUGCUCAGAAAACAUGGGGUACAGAAGGUGCUGGAUGUAGCCUGCGGCACAGGGGUGGAUUCCAUCAUGUUGGUAGAAGAGGGUUUUAAGGUGGUUAGUGUGGAUGCCAGUGACAAAAUGCUUAAAUAUGCUCUUAAAGAGAGAUGGGAGAGGAGAAAAGAGCCUGCCUUUGAUAACUGGGUAAUUGAGGAGGCCAACUGGCUAACGUUACCGGAAGAUGUUAAAAAAACUGGAGAUGGGUUUGAUGCAGUAAUCUGUCUAGGCAAUUCAUUUGCUCAUUUACCAGAUUUCAAAGGGGACCAGAGUGAUCAGAAGCUUGCCUUACAAAACAUAGCCAGCAUGGUGAAACCUGGAGGGAUCCUAAUCAUUGACCACCGUAACUAUGAUUACAUCCUUGAGACUGGCCAAGCACCCCAAGGAAAGAAUAUUUACUAUAAGAGUGACCUAAAACAGGACAUCUCCACCUCAGUGCUGUGGGUUAAUAACAAGCCUCACAUGAUCACACUGGACUACACUCUGGAACUGCCUCAACCAGUGGAUGUUCAGACUCCACCUGAUACAAGUAAAUUCCGCCUGUCAUACUACCCCCAUCGUUUGGAGAGUUUUAAGGAGAUUUUAAGAGCAUCAUUUUUUGGAAAAUGCGACCACAGUGUAUAUGGAGACUUCAAGCAAUACACCCCAGGGCAAGGAGAGGUGCCCUGCUAUUUCAUUCAUGUGGUUAAAAAGACUACUUAAAGCCAUUUUUAAAGCCAAUGUCAUUUUUUAUGUACACAUGGAAAAUUGGUUGUGAAAAUUGGUCUGUGCCAAAAAAAAAAGAAAAUAACCCAGGGCCUUGCAUGACAUGAUUUUAGGUCUUUUGCUUUGUUGGGGGGAUGUUUUUGUCUUUUUAUUUACUUUUUCACACAAUCUUAAGCAGGAACAUUUUACUUUACAGAACAGUGCUAAAAGCAUAUCACACAGAAUGUUUUUUUUCUUUCUUUAUUUUUUUUAAACAUAUACUAGACCAGUGAUCCUCAAAUCCUCAAAGUUCUAAUCAAACAAACCUACCUGUGAUUUUCUAAUGAUCCUGAAGACAUUGAUUAGCAAACUCAGGUGUGUUUGAUAAGGGUUAGAGCUUAAUUCUACAGGAAAGUGGAUCUCCCGAGCCAGAUUUGAGGAUCACUGCACUAGACAGAUGUGUUUGUCCAUUGACCCACAUGUCAGAGCAGGGGUAUCAAACUCAAUUCCUGGAGGGCCGGAGCCCUGUAGAGUUUUGUUCCAACCAUGCUUCAACACACAUACCAUGCAUCUUUCAAAUAAGCUUGAAAGACUUGAUUAUUUGGAUCAGGUGUGUUUAAUUAGGGUUGAAUCUAAACUAUGCAGGGCUCCGGCCCUCCAGGAAUUGAGUUUGAUACCCCUGGAUUACAGAAGUAAAAUUUAAAAGAUAAAAGCAUAAAUAACCCCUUUAUCACCCCUGAAUAUUAAAGCAUUGUUGGAUAUGCUUUGCAACAGAUAAGUAAUAUAAAAAUGGUUGUAACUUAAAUUAACUGUAAUUAAUUGUAAAUUAAAGCCCUCUAAAAAUCGAUAUAUAACCUCCCCCUUUUGUGUCCUGUUCAGUCACUAUAUCAUUCUGAAGUGAAACUGGUCUUUUGAAAACAAUUUUUCUAAUUUUUUUUUUUUUUUUUUUUUAAAGUGUACAUGGGAAAAUUUAGGGGAUUUUGUCCUGACAUUUUGUGAGUGACACUCUGAGGUGGUAUCAAUUUUUGGCACAAACCGUUCUUUGGAAACAUGAAUUUUUGGGCUCACAUAUGGCUUUUAUUGUGGAAUUAUUUUAUUUUGAAAUUUAACAUCAUAUUGUGUUGUUGUGCUGAAGAUGUUUCAAUCUGUUGAACAGACUACAACUCUACCUUUUAUCACACCUAAUUCCACAAUGUUGUAUCCCAAUCUUCAGUGAGAAGUAGCUGAAUGCAUUUUUAAAUAAGGCUUACUCAGACUAUUAAUAUUGAGUAAUAUUAUCAGUUCAACUGCACUGAUACUGACAUCAGUUCAGAAAAAAAUAACAAAAUUAAGAUGGAUAAUGACAAUAAAAAAUGCUUCUGUAAAGCUGCUUAUAUCUUAACUGAAUUUGUUCCAUGAUCGAUGAACUUGGCAACAUUGACUUUCUUAUUGAACUGAAAUAGUUUAUCAAUAAAAUAAACUUUUUCAAAUAUAA